AGAAACCAGGCCCAGCACAGAUCUGACUUUUACUCUGUGUUUGAGAGAGAGAGAGAGAGAUGGACUUCUGGACGAGUUCCUUUCUAUGUCUUUUGUCGACCUGGGUCCUGGUUCAAGCUUUCCAUUCAAUUAGAAGGGGAAGCAAAGCAAGUCUCAGCAAGCUUCCACCUGGUCCACGGCGGAUUCCAAUAUUCGGAAAUCUGUUCGAUCUUGGGGACAAACCCCACAAGUCCUUGGCUGAGCUUGCCAAGAUUCAUGGUCCUCUAAUGAGUCUAAAAAUAGGCAGCUUAAUCACUGUAGUUAUUUCCUCAGAAAACAUGGCAAAACAAGUCCUGCAAAAGCACGACCUCACAUUCUCUAACCGAACUAUCGUCGAUGCUGUCCGAGCCAGCCAACACGAUGAAGUCGGGUUGCCUUGGAUACCUGUUUCGCCACUUUGGAGAACCCUUCGAAAAGUGUGUAAUACUCAUCUUUUUACCAGUCAGAAACUCGAUGCCAAUCAAUACCUGCGUCGUAAGAAGAUCCAAGAACUCAUCGCGAUUGUUCAGAAAAGUUGCCACGCAGGUGAGGUAAUUAACAUAGGCCAAGCCGCUUUCAAUACUACAAUCAAUUUGCUGUCUAACACUAUUUUUUCUAUGGAUUUGGUUGAUCCAAAUUCACCUACUGCGCAAGAGUUCAAGAAAACUGUGUGGGGUAUAAUGGAAGAGGCAGGAAAGCCUAAUUUGGCGGAUUAUUUCCCUAUUCUUAGAAAGAUUGACCCGCAAGGUGUAAGGCGCAGAAUGACUAUUCAUUUUGAGAAGUUACUUGAUCUUUUCGGCAAAAUGUUUGAUGAGCGAUUGCAGUCAAGAAAAGCACAGGGCUCUACUGCAUCAAAUGAUGUUUUAGAUACUGUGCUUGACAUUAUUGAAGGCAACAUAGAGGAGCUUAAUAAAACGCAUGUUACACAUUUGCUUCUGGUUUUAUUUGUUGCCGGAACUGAUACAACAUCAAGCACGUUAGAGUGGGCAAUGGCAGAAUUACUACGUAAUCCAUAAGUUUUACUUAAAGCUAAAAAAGAACUAGAGCAAGUUAUUGGCAAAGGAAAUCCGGUCCAGGAAUCGGACAUAAAUCGUUUACCUUACUUGCAGGCAAUUAUCAAAGAAACCUUCAGAAUGCACGCGACUGUGCCUUUGUUACUCCCUCGCAAAGCUGGAGCAGAUGCAGAAAUUUGUGGCUUAACAGUUCCAAAGGGUGCACAGGUGUUGGUCAAUGUAUGGGCUAUAGGUAGAGAUCCAAGCAUUUGGGAGAAGCCUAGUGCUUUUAUGCCAGAGAGGUUCUUGGGGUCAGAUAUUGAUGUCAAAGGCAGGGACUUUGGGCUCAUUCCAUUCGGUGCGGGACGACGAAUAUGUCCCGGAUUGGCUUUGGCAAAUAGAAUGCUGCAUUUGAUGUUGGGUUCUCUUAUUCACUCCUUUGAUUGGAAGCUUGAAGGUGGAAUCUCUCCAGAGGACAUGAACAUGGAAGAAAAGUUUGGCCUCACAUUGCAGCUGGCUGAACCCUUGCGGGCUAUCCCUACUCCAGUGUGAUAAUACUGUUUAAAGUAAAAUAAGGAGAAACCUAGUUUGUAAUGCAUUUGCUGACUUGGUUAUCUCUUUCUGUCAUUUGCAGUCAAAUGAUCGAAUCUUUACUUCUCUAUUGCUAUAAUCUUACUUACAGCGUUGCUGAUAUCCUGGUAAAUCUCUUCGACAGCAACAUCGAGUUUGGUGAAGAAACUAACGUGAAAGACUUGAUUGUUCUGUUCUGUUCUGUUCGCAGAGUAUAUGAAAUCAUGCUUCUAAGUUGUGAAUU